AUGAUGUGGACAGUCCUCAGCCUGGUUCUUCUCAGCUCCCUUUUCAUACUCAAAAGUGAAGCACUGCAGUGUUACACCUGUGUAGGCUCUAGUGAUGAAGACUGUAACAGACAAGGAGCCCAGCAGUGCCCAGGCCAUUCAGAUGCCUGUGCCAUCAUCAGAGGACAAGCAAGUGGUGUGAUGAAGUCCUGCUCAUUCAGGUCCUUCUGCGAGCGGGCGAGGCGGGACGGAUCCAGAGCCCCCGGAGUGAGCAUCCACUGCUGCUACACAAACAACUGCAACGCAAAGGGCCUGGCUCCAAGGGUCACCACCUCCACAGGCUACUUCUCCCUCCUCGCCUUUUCCUUGCUCUGGCACCCCUUGUUGAAGCUGACGUGA